AUGACUUUGUGGAAAUCGCCUUCUCUCCGGAGCUUCAAUUUCUCUUCGUUACGUUCAGCGCAUAUCACUGUGCGCUUCAACCAAGCCCGCAAGAUGGUCACCAAUCCGCGGGAUCCGAAUACCGUGAGUAACUACAACAAUUGGCGGUCUACCCACAUCACCGCCAAUUUCGAUAUUCUGUUCGACCAGAAGAAGCUGGUGGGCAAUGUCGUUCAUCAGUUCAAGUCCAUCACCAAUGCCGAGUCUCGUGAGAUCAUUCUAGAUACUAGUUAUCUUGACAUUGGUACUGUGAAGGUCAAUGGCCAGCCAUCCAAAUGGGAGUUGCUACCCCCACUGGAACCCUAUGGGGUUCCCUUGAAAAUCACUCUUGAGCAAGGGGUUGAAUUGGAUGGCACCGUUGAGGUCGAUAUUGCCGUGCAAACCACCGACAAGUGCACAGCACUGCAAUGGUUGACUCCGGCGCAAACCUCAAACAAGAAGCAUCCGUACAUGUUCUCGCAAUGCCAGGCAAUCCAUGCCCGGUCUAUCUUCCCUUGUCAGGAUACCCCGGAUGUGAAGAGCACCUUUGAUUUUAAUAUCACUUCCCCUCUUCCGGUCAUGACCAGUGGUCUGCCCAUUCGAAAAUCCUCAGAGACCAAGUCUGAGCAUCAGCUGUAUCGAUUCCACCAGUCGGUGCCAAUUCCCAGCUAUCUCUUCGCUAUUGCCAGUGGAGACGUCGCAGAGGCUUCAAUUGGACCCCGGAGUGUUGUUGCUACCAGCCCUGACAAGCUGGAUGAAUGUAAAUGGGAGCUCGAAGCUGAUACCGAGAACUUCAUCACCACAAUCGAGAAAAUUGUCUAUCCCUACGCCUGGGGCGAGUACAAUGUCUUGAUCUUACCGCCCAGUUUCCCUUAUGGUGGCAUGGAGAACCCUAUCUUCACUUUCGCUACUCCAAGCAUCAUCUCCAAGGAUCGUGAGAAUAUCGAUGUUAUCGCGCACGAACUGGCUCACAGUUGGAGUGGCAACCUUGUCACCAAUGCCUCUUGGGAGCACUUCUGGCUGAACGAAGGUUGGACUGUUUAUCUGGAGAGAAGAGUAAAUUCUGGCUGCUGUGUACGUCUUCACGGCUUUAUUUCAUUUAAAUGGUACGCUAACUUUCGCAGCCACGGCGAAGCCUAUCGUCACUUCUCAGCCAUCAUUGGAUGGAAGUCUCUGACUGAUGCUGUCGAGCACUUUGGCAAUGAUCACGAGUUCACUAAACUUAUCGUGGAUCUGAAGGGUAAGGACCCUGAUGACGCAUUCUCCAGUAUCCCUUACGAGAAGGGCUUCAACUUCCUGUUCUACCUUGAGAACCUUGUUGGAAAGCCCAAAUUCGACAAAUUUAUUCCUCACUACUUUACGACAUUCAAGUGCAAAUCCCUGGACUCCUAUGAGUUCAAGGCCACGAUCUUGGAUUUCUUUGCGUCAGAUGCCGAGGCAUCCAAGCUCUUGAACGACAUAGACUGGGACAAGUGGUUCUAUGCACCAGGCUUGCCGCCCAAACCAAGCUUUGACACGUCGCUUGUGGAUGUUGUCUAUGAGCUUUCCAAGAAAUGGCAGUCCCUUCCUGGAUCGUCCUUCAAGCCUCAAGCCAGUGAUAUCAAGGGCCUGACCGCAAACCAAUUGGUUGUCUUCCUUGAACAGAUGCUCUUGCUGGAGAAGCCACUCACUCCGGAGAUCUCGAAGUUGAUGGGUGAUGUCUACGGGUUGUCCAAGAGUGAGAACAUUGAGGUUUCCAACCUCUAUUUGCAGGUUGGCAUGAAGGCCGGCGAUGACAGCGUCAUUGAGCCGACCACUGAGUUGCUUGGCCGCAUUGGACGCAUGAAGUUUGUUCGACCUCUCUUCCGCAAUCUUCAAAAGAUCAACCGCCCUGUUGCCCUCGAAACUUUCGAGAAGUACAAGGACUUCUACCACCCUAUCUGUCGCGGCAUGGUGGAAAAAGACCUCUUCGGCAAGAAAGAAAACUAA